UACAACGAGAUUAUGGGUCCGUAAAAAUAGCCACUAUUGAACAAUUAUAAUGCAUCAUUUCUUCUCAGCUACCAUGUUUUAUAUAUUCUUGUGAUGGUUCCCUCAAUAUCAGUUCAUAGGGUAAUACUUGUAGUCUCUGGCGGGUCUCACUGUCCUUUAUCUCACUAAUAACGUCUCUGAUAGUAUAUACAGUCUGGGACCAGUCCUGUAAAGCCGCUCCCUUAAUAAAUGGACCAGAAUCAACUACCAAACAGUUCACUCUGCUUUUGUUCAUGUCACGUCAUGCAAUGCAAUGAAAUGAUGAUGAUAUGAAUAUGGUGAUGGGCGUGGCAUAACGUUAAUUAUUAAUUAAUAAUUAUUUUAAUGCUAAUUUAUUAAUGAUGGAUACUGCCAAGAAAUUGUUGUCGAAAUUAAAACAAGUACUGUCACAAAGCCCUGAUCGCCCUGGUGAAGGACCUGAUGGCUCUGCUGGUGUAGGACCUGAUGGCUCUGCUGGUGAAGGACCUGAUGGCUCUACUGGUGUAGGACGUGAUGGCUCUGCUGGUGAAGGACGUGAUGGCUCUACUGGUGUAGGACGUGAUGGCUCUGCUGGUGAAGGACGUGAUGGCUCUGCUGGUGAAGGACCUGAUGGCUCUACUGGUGAAGGACCUGAUGGCUCUACUGGUGAAGGACCUAAUGGCUCUACUGGUGUAGGACCUCAUGGCUCUACUGGUGAAAGACCUAAUGGCUCUACUGGUGAAGGACCUGAUGGCUCUACUGGUGAAGGACCUAAUGGCUCUACUGGUGAAGGACCUGAUGGCUCUACUGGUGAAGGACCUAAUGGCUCUACUGGUGAAGGACCUCAUGGCUCUGGUGAAGGACCUCAUGGUUCUACUGGUGAAGGACCUCAUGGUUCUACUGGUGAAGGACCUCAUGGUUCUACUGGUGAAGUACCUAAUGGCUCUACUGGUGAAGGACCUCAUAGCUCUACUGGUGAAGGACCUAAUGGUUCUACUGGUGAAGGACCUCAUGGUUCUACUGGUGAAGGACCUAAUGGCUCUACUGGUGAAGGACCU